AUGGAUCAACUUCCACCUCAAAUAUGGACUGUUGCUCACACGUUGGUGGCUCGCAAUGAGACAAACUCUACCACUUCGACACACGAGACCAGUCGCCCACCAGUCUACAAGGCAAUCGGCAUCUCUCUUGCGGUGGCCUCAGGAGUUUUCAUCGGCACAUCCUUCGUGUUGAAGAAAACAGGACUACUCAAGGCCAACGCAAAAUACAAUGAAGAAGCUGGUGAAGGAUAUGGUUACUUGAAGAAUUGGUUCUGGUGGUCGGGCAUGACACUUAUGAUCGUGGGGGAGAUUUGCAACUUUGUCGCCUAUGCUUUCGUCGAUGCCAUCUUGGUCACUCCUCUGGGCGCACUGAGCGUGGUCAUCACGACUAUUCUCUCCGCGAUCUUUCUCAAAGAACGUCUGAGUUUCGUGGGAAAGGUGGGCUGUUUCAAUUGCAUCAUUGGCAGCGUCGUGAUUGUCCUCAAUGCUCCCGAGCAAAGUUCCGUUGCCGAUAUACAAGAGAUGCAACAUUUCGUCAUAUCCCCUGGGUUUCUCAGCUAUGCAGGCGUCGUCAUCGUCGUGUGUACCUUUGUGGCCCUCUGGGCAGGGCCUCGGUAUGGCAAGAAGAGUAUGCUGGUUUAUCUCAGCAUUUGCAGUCUCAUAGGCGGUCUCAGCGUCGUUGCCACUCAAGGUCUGGGAAGCGCUGUGGUUGCUCAAGCCAGUGGAAAGCCUCAAUUCAACCAAUGGUUUCUCUAUGUCCUCUUGGUCUUUGUCGUCGCAACACUGCUGACCGAGAUCAUUUAUCUGAACAAAGCUUUGAACCUUUUCAACGCGGCUCUAGUGACACCUACUUACUACGUUCUCUUCACGAGCGCCACGAUUGUCACGUCAGCCAUCCUUUUUCGUGGUUUCAAAGGCACCGCAGUCACCAUCACCACGGUCAUCUUGGGCUUUCUCCAGAUUUGUUCUGGAGUCGUCCUGUUGCAGAUGUCCAAAUCGGCAAAGGAUGUGCCUGAUGCGGCGGUAUUCAGGGGUGACCUCAACCAAGUCAGGGAGAUCGCGGAAGUUGAACAGCCAGAAUCCGAACCCAAAGCCGACGCCCUCCGUGGCGCAGCCAGUUUGAUCAGAAGGAUCUCUGUGUCGCGGCAAAAGAUGGAACAAGAAGAAGCCAGACGGCUACGAGAAGAUACAAUGAAGGACCAACUAGAACCGCUCGGUGAGAACGAAGUCGUCGAAUGGGACGGCCUUCGGCGGCGAAAAACCAUCCUUGGCCAACCAGGCGCGUCUCCUGUUCCGAGAAGAAAGUCUACGCACCCUCCGCUCGGCAUGUCACAUUUUCCGCCCCCCGACGAAGAUGAAACCAACCAAGGGCCAGGUUUCUUCGAAAACCUUCGCAAGCGCGCGCAGACGGUCAUUCGUCACUCAAGUCCUCAAGAUUCAGAGACUCUUCCACACAGCCCUCUACAUCCGGUUGCAUUGACUGAUAUCAAAGUUCAACCGUCCCAUGUGGAAUCCCCCAUCAUGCCGUAUGGUCCCGGAAGCCUCGAAGAUGCUCAAGAGCGGAUCUACGGGUUGCCUGCCGGGGGGAGGAAAGAAAUAGACAGCCAGGCUGGCAUUUACCAUUCACCCAGAUCUAAACCUCUGCCAGCAAAGCCAUCGCCGUCCCCAGCGUUGAGGCCGCCUCACGAAACUAGACGGCAGUUCUCGUUCACAAAUCUGCUUCGUCCCGGUUCCCGGAGCGCUGAUGCCGACCACGAAGCUUCACGGUCCAUUACUAGCCACGAGCAAAAGCGCGCACUAAAGAACGCUACAGAGGAGGAGAGACUUGGUCUUGUCAAGGGUGAUUCCCACCUUGCAUUGCUCCAACGUGAAAUCUCCCAAUCUCCUGAACGCCCACACCAAUCCAACUCCUAUUUCCACCCGAUCUCUCACUCUCACUCUCACUCAAGUUCCUCUGCAAGCCUUGAUGGUUACUAUCAUGAUCAAUAUCCUUCUCCGUCCCAUUCUGACGAGGAUGAUGGGUGGCAGAUGACGAAUGUGCCGAUAGUAACAAAUUUGACAAGCCCGGCGCCGGCAUCCGUCAGAUCGAGUACUCGACGGAGGCCAAGCCCACCGAGGACCUUCCUGCCUCCACCCACGAUGAAUAUAUCUCCGCAACACAACCAGGAGAGGCCGAUACCGGUUCCCGGCACCAUGGUGGGAAGCGGGCCGACACAGGCCAAAGCCAUACCAGUAGUGUCCGGCCUUUCCCAGACUUCGUUGACGAGUCAGAAGUUCAGGAGCGAGGAUCAGAUUCAAAACAGUGGCUCCCUCCAAGGACGUGGAAAUCAUCACUUAGCUCAAACUUCAGAAGGGAGAGGACUGACUGGGGAAGGAAGAUUCAUGGCACCGAUCCAGAGGGAGACCGAAGAUGACUACGAAGCGAGUCGGAGACGGUUUGAAGAACAGAGCAAAAGAGAAAGAGAGGCACGGCGGCAGAGGGCGACGGGACGGCGACAGAGCUGGAAGCCCACAACCCCGGAGGUUGACAAUGGCAGUUUUAUUUGA